AUGAAUUCAUCUCUAGCGAGUAUUGAAAACGAAAGCAACUUUUUCAUAAAAUCAUUCUUCGAAUCGUUGUCCAAUUUUAUUAAAAAUGUAAAGAUCGAAAUAAAGGAUGUUUUUGAAUUACUUAACUAUCCGUGUGUGUAUCAAAAUUGUAAAAAAAAGUUUAGCCUAGACGAAAAUGAGGAUUACAAAAACUCGUUAGCAACAAAUGUUAUAAGCAAAAUAGACAAAAAGAACAUUGAAAAUUUUCGACAAUAUCAAAACGAAUUACAAAAUAUGUUGGAGAACAUUAAAUUAUUUAAUGAGAAAUAUAAAAUGGACGUACCUUUAUUAUUCAUUAUAGAAAAUUUAAUAACCUUGCACAUUAUUAAUGAAUAUAAAAUCGAUAACAUCGUUAAGAAGAUACAAGAUCACAAUAUUGUAAUGCCUGAAUUGAAGAGUGACUUGCCUAGUUACUUAGUUCAAGCUUUAGAAAUUGAAGAAAAUGAAAAUUAUGGAGAGUUAUGCCGCAAGUUAAGUGAAACUAGUAAUUUGUCAAUUAAUAAUAUUGUUGUUAAGGAUUUAUUAGAAAAUUCACAUGUAAGAAUAAAUCUGUCUAAAUUACAAGAACAUAAUAAAGAAAAUUAUUUUCACUCCACUAGAUUAAAGUACAGUUCCAGCUACAACUCCAAAUCAAAUGAUUUCGUGGCAUUUAAAAAGGAGGAUGACGAAGGUGGGGAAGAUGGAUCUGCGUUGUGCAUGUACAGAGAUGGAGAAGAAAGUGGUCUCUCACGUGUCAUGAAGGAGGAUGAAAGAGAUCCUUUAGAACUUAAGAAUGAAGAAGAUACCAACAAUAUGAGUGUGCGGAAGAAGGAGGAAAAGCAAAACAUCAUUGAAAAUAUUGGGUUAUCCGAGGAAACGUUAAAGUUGCUUAAUUUACUUCCCAAAAAGAGAAAGACGGAGGAGUGA